GGCUGUUCUCUUCCUCCGCGGAAGGCAUUGGCGAUCCAGUAGUGUGGCUGCUGUCCGGCGGCUGCUUCGAACGCGCGGUGCUUGUGCCGGGGACUCGCUGAAAGCUCCGCGGCGGCGCGCCCGCAGGUGUCGCGAGCCGAGCCCUGCCCGGCCACUCCAUGCCGGCCUGGAGGCUGCUGGGGCCGGCCGGCGCCCAGGUGCUGGGCUGUGGCGCCAGAGGCCUAGGUGCUGCCCCGGGCUUAGGGAGUAGAACAAACAUCUGGUUCUUCGUUAGAAAUCUCCAAAGCAAGAGCAGUACUUGGUGGGAUGAGCAUCUUUCUGAAGAAAAUGCCUCGUUUGUUAAGCAAUUGGUCUUUGAUGAAAAUAAAGCCCAAUUAGCAAGUAAACUGAAUCGUUCUUCCAGAGUUGGCCUUAUCGCCCUCAAGCUCGGCAUGAUGCCUUUAUGGACCAAAGAUGGUCAAAAGCAUGCAGUCACAUUACUUCAGGUACAAGACUGUCAUGUGGUAAAAUAUACUCCCAAGGAAAACUAUGAUGGAAAAACAGCAGCCCUAACUGUGGGUGGGAAAACUGUGUCACGCUUCUAUAAACCUGAUUCUAUAUUGGAAUUUUACCGAGAACUUGGAUUGCCACCAAAACAGACAAUUAAAAUCUUUCGUGUAACAGAUAAUGCUGUAAUUAAGCCAGGAACCCCUCUUUAUGCUGCUCACUUUCGUCCUGGACAGUAUGUGGAUGUCACAGCCAAAACUAUUGGUAAAGGUUUUCAGGGUGUCAUGAAAAGAUGGGGAUUUAAAGGCCAACCUGCUUCUCACGGUCAAACGAAGACCCACAGGAGACCUGGAGCUAUUUCAACUGGAGUGAGUAUAAAUAGUGAUGCCCAUAUCAAAGACUCUACACUGCCUGCAUAUAAGGAUCAUUGUAAGAGCCUGCCGUUCCCUACUUACUUUCCUGAUGGGGAUGAAGAAGAACUUCCAGAAGACUUGUAUGAUGAGAACGUGCUGCAGCCCAGCGCACCGUCUAUUACAUUUGCCUGAUGUCACUGGCGGGGCAGAACUUUCUGUGCUCUGUGCACUUUGAUGAACCAGAACAGUAAUAGAACCAGGAAUCGAAUCCCUGUGCUUAGUUACGAUGCUGUGCUCUUGCUUUUAUGAAAGGACACAAAUGCAUCACUUACCCCUCACUUAAAUCUGAUUAGCAAAAUUACUGCAUUAAAUAAACCAAUCACAUAGAUUGGAUUUUAAAAUUGACAGUUUACAAAGAACGAAUGUUUUGCCAUUUGUAGGCAUCAUUCUUUACACACAUUUCCCUUUAUCUUAAGGGUUUUUUAAAAAUAUAUAAACAACUUUUAUUUAAAAA